GUGUGUGUGUGUGUGUGUGUGUGUGUGUGUGUGUGUGCAGCUCAGCGCCAGGUUGAGGGAGUGUGACGAUCGUCUGACUGAAGCUCGUAACGAGUAUAUGCUGGCUUUAUCAGCAGUCAACGGCCAUCACCAACACUACUAUACCAACGACUUACCACACAUUAUGGAGCAAAUGGACGGUGAUGUUUAUGAUGACUUGAGAGGCCACUUCACCCUGCUGUGUGGGACAGAGAUGGGCACUUGUCUCAGAACACACAAACAGUUCAGCACCAUAUGGGACAGUGUUGCUAAGGUGACCAGAGAGAGAAAUGUGCUGCAGUUUCUCCAAGAGUCUGUCUCCUUCAGCAAAACACCUGAAUUCACCUUCCAGCCCGCUCCAGGUGACAAGGUGUCCACUCUACAGGAGCUCAGCGCUUCAGAAGCAGACGGCUGCCUGGUGAGGGAGGCUAAGAAGUGGGCUACAAAAGCUGCCAAAGACUACAAGAUCAUCACACACGGAGAGAGAGCUCUGCAGACGUUAGAGAGUCGGUUGAAGCUCUUAUCUGGGGACACGUGCCUCAGUGUAGAGCAGAAGAUAGCAGAGGUGCAGGACAGUGUGAGGAAAGCCAAGCUAAGCAGGCUGAAGGCAGAGGCUCGUCUGGCUCUACUGUCAGACUGCAUCACGGGAAUCGAGCAGUGGCUUCACAACGCCAUGACCCAGGCAGAGGAGGAGCUGGAGAGGGAGAGACGCCUCAGUGAACAGAGGAAGUCUACUGAGGACUUUUCAGUAUGCAAACUCACAUACACUAAAUCAAUUUAGUGCCCCAUUAGUUAUACAGCUUAUACUACUAUUCAUCGGAGCACCAAGUGAUUUACUAAAUGUUUUGUAAUGUGGUUAUUGUGGGUUUCGAAGGAGAGGAAAUGAUCGAUAAUGUCACCAAUUUUAAGGAUGGGUGUGAAAGCAGGAACAGUGGAGCCAUCAAUACAGAGGGAGACAUUGUGGCAGAAUGUAAUGAGUCAUGUAGGUUCCAAUUGUUCACUGUUGAGUUUGUGGAAGUUAGAUUGUAUCCAGGUUUGUAUAACUCUUAGUCAGUUUGUGAGGCCAGAUGAGGGAUAGAUUUGGUGGAGCUGGGUGUCGUCGGCAUAACAGUGGAAAUAAAAGCCAUGGUGGGGUAUGAUGGGACCAAUGACUGGUUUGUAGAAAACAAAAAGGAGGGGACGAAGCACUGAACCUUGGGGAACACCUUGAGAGGCUGGGGCUGUGUAAUAUAGCGUUCCCUCCGCAAUGCGAAUAUUCGCAUCGCUCUAAUCACUCGAGUUUCACCACGGCUAUCAACUGUGUUUACUUGCGUCAUUCAAACAAGACGUGCUGGUGAGGGGGCGGUGCUUAUCUCCAUGUAGAUACAAAAUUAUGCCAAACUAAUAACAUACUGAUACCGGUAUGUAAAAACCAUGAAUUGAAGCUUUGACAAGUGUGCA